UGAGCCCUUUGCCCUAGUGCGGGAUUCCGAGCGAGGCGCUGGACGCGGACCCGCCUCGUCCAGCAUUCAGACGUCGCCUCGGCCCCGCUGCCUACCCCGAGGUCCCCCUCGCCCCUCCGGAUUCGGCCAUGCUGCCCAACACGGGGAAGUUGAGAGGAUGCACUCUUUUUAUCACGGGUGCAAGCCGUGGCAUUGGAAAAGCGAUCGCCUUGAAGGCAGCAAAGGAUGGGGCGAACAUUGUGAUAGCUGCCAAGACGGGAGUGCCGCAUCGCACGCUCCCAGGAACCAUUUACUCUGCUGCAGAAGAAAUUGAAGCAGCUGGAGGAAAGGCGCUACCGUGUAUCGUCAACGUAAGAGAAGAAGAGCAGAUAGCUGAAGCGGUGAAUAAGGCGGUACAGACAUAUGGAGGGAUAGAUGUUCUUGUGAAUAACGCAAGCGCUAUCUCCUUGACUGGCACGCUGGAAACGCCCACGAAGAAAGUAGACCUCAUGAUGAGCGCCAACACGAGAGGGACGUAUCUAACGUCUAAAAUAUGCCUUCCUUACUUGAGGAAGAGUAAGAUUGGACAUAUUCUUAAUAUUAGCCCGCCAAUAAACUUGAAUCCUGUCUGGUUCAGGAAUCACUGUGCUUAUACCAUUUCUAAAUAUGGGAUGUCUAUGUGUGUGCUUGGGAUGUCAGAAGAGUUUAGAGGAGAAGUCGCAGUUAAUGCUUUGUGGCCGCAAACAGCAAUAUACACCUCUGCCAUGGAUAUGCUAGGAGGAGCUGGUGUGGAGAAGCAGUGUAGAAAAACGGAUAUUCUCGCAGAUGCCGCAUAUUGCAUUUUAACAAAGCCUAAAAGCUUCACCGGGAAUUUUGUCAUUGAUGAACAUUUGCUGAGGGAAGAAGGAAUUAAGAAUUUUGAUGUAUAUGCAGUUGCCCCAGGUCACCCUUUACUACCAGAUUUCUUUUUAGAUGUGGAUCCUGAUACGCUAGCAAUGAAAAUGGAAGCGCAUGGGGCUUCUCCAGCAUUCAGAGAAGGAAAGAAAUCGGACAUAGCCGAGCACGAAGGUCUUGACAGAACAAAACCGGAAGGUCCUGAAAGGGGAAAGCAUCACGUCCACUUUGCCGCCAAGAACUCAGGGGGUCCUGUGAUGGAAACGUUCAAAAUCAUACAAGUAGCCAUCAACGAAGAAGUCGUAAGGUCGGUCCAAGGCGUUUAUCAGUUUGAAUUAUCUGGUAAGAACUUUCUUAAAAAAACGAAAACAUUGGAGAAAACAGAUAUUUCAGUACUUAGAGAACAAUUGAUCCCCUUUUUAAAACCCUUUUCCCCCUUCUGCUUCUUUUCAGGCAAACUAAAGCCAACGAUGGCUUUCAUGUCCGGAAAGCUGACCAUCAAGGGCGACAUGGCGUUAGCCAUUAAGCUGGAGAAGUUGAUGGGCCAGUUCAACGCCAAACUGUGAUAACCUUAAAAGGGAAGGGGGUGGUUUCCUGUGUCACAUUGACCUGUCAAUAAAUAUGCAACACUUUGUUCUGGAA